AGGGAGAAAAGAGCAGCAAUCAGUCGGCCUCAUUUGCUCUGGGACGAUGGCAUCAUUCCCUUCGAGUUCGACACUAACUUCACAGGUGCUCCAAGGUCGAUGAUAUUUGGGGCAAUGAGGGCGUGGGAGAACAACACCUGCGUCUCAUUCGUCGAGAAGACCAACGAUCAUAAGAAUUACAUCCUCUUCAGCCAGAGUCCCUGCGGUUGUUGUUCAUUUGUGGGCAAAAAAUUCGGCGCUCAGAUAAUCUCAAUAGGCAAGCACUGCGACCAACACGGAAUAAUCCUGCACGAGUUGGGACACGUCAUCGGGUUUUUCCACGAACACACCAGACCAGAUCGGGAUUCCUAUGUCGAGAUUCUCUAUGAUAAUAUACUGCACGAUCAGAAAAACAACUUCUACACGGCCAGACCUGGAGAGGUUGACUCCCUCAACGAGCCCUACGACUUCCAGAGCAUCAUGCACUAUGCCAGGAGCACAUUUUCAGUCCGACCCUUCUUCGACUCCAUCAUUCCGAGGUCCAACACGGUCAACAACCACGACAUGGGUCAAAGGUCGUACCUCAGUAAGGGCGAUAUCUCGCAGACCAACAAGUUGUACAAGUGCCCGCAAUGCGGCAAAACUCUGAUGGAGCCAAAGGGGACCUUCAGCACACCGCAGUACACCCUAACUCCACUCCCAGACACCCACGGACACUACCGAUCGUCUUACUGUGUGUGGAGAAUCACUGGCCAUCCGUGGGAGGUCAUAACUCUGACCAUCCUCUCCUACGAUAUUCCCACUACGAUGAAAUGCUACAGCAAUUACCUACAAGUUAACGACGGUGCUUACUAUAAGUCACCUCUCUUGGGUAAAGUUUGCGGCCGUAAUGACAGUGAGUUAGUUUUGACGUCAACGAAACAGAAGAUGUGGCUGGAGUAUCGCUUGCUCUCUGGCUACAUGGAGAGGCAACCUGGAUUCUAUGCUAAAUAUCAUAAAACCUGUGGCGGGCACAUAAAGAAAGAUUUCGGGGAGUUCAGCAGUCCCCAACAUCCGGAAAAGUACUCCACUUCUCUUAAAUGCUCCUGGAUCAUCGAGGUUGCUGAAAAUUAUUCAGUCGGUCUCACGUUUAAGGCCUUUGAGCUGGAAAGGCACCAAGCCUGCGCGUGCGACUUUUUGGAAGUGUACGACGGCGGCGACGAUAAGGCGCCUCUGCUGGGAAAAUUCUGUGGAGUGGUCACCCCGGCCAGCUUGCAGUCCACCGCCAACAAAAUCCUCGUCAAAUUCGUCUCAGAUUAUUCAGAAGUUAAGACGGGAUUUCUGGCUCAGUUUCAAAAAGAAAAAAACGAAUGCGAAACCAGCGACCACCAGUGCCAGCAGACGUGCGUUAACACGAUCGGCAGCUACCGGUGCCAGUGCAGCGAUGGGUUCGAACUCGCAAGUGAUGGCCGAUCAUGCAUCGCCAAGAAGGACUGCGAGAUGGAAUUGAGCAACAACACAGGGACAAUAUCAAGCCCCUCCUACCCCGGCCAGUACCCCCCUAACAAAAACUGCUCCUGGCUCAUUUCCGUCCCUAAGAAUCACGUGAUAUCCAUCGUCAUCGAUACACUGGAAAUCGAAGGAAAUGAUAAAGAAUGUCACGACUCCCUGAAGAUUUUGAGUGGCGAAAAGGAUCUAGGAGUCUUCUGUGGUUCCAGCCCUCCAGCCCCCAUCAUCUCCGAAGACAGUGCCGUCCAGUUGAUCUUCAGUAGCGAUGACUCCAUCAAUAAGCAAGGAUUCCUGCUUUCUUAUUCUAUGGAGUACAACGAGUGUUCAGACAUGAAUGGAGGUUGCGAACAAGUUUGCAUCAAAACGCCAGGGAGUUACAGGUGCGAGUGUCGAGACGGAUUCACACUAAACACAAAUCGGCGCAGUUGUAACGGACAAUGCCACCGGGAAAUAACGAACCCUUCCGAGGUAAUAAGCUUCAACAAUCAGUCGGAUUCCAACACUGAAUGUACUUGGCUGCUACGGGCUGAUGUCGGGAAGAGGAUUCAAAUCAAUUACAUGGAUGCGGAGAAAAAGUCCAACCUGACCUGCUCGAGCAAUCUGCCCAAGACUUACGACGGACCAGACGAGACAUAUCCAAAGUUGGAAUCAAACGUCACUCCACCCAACAACAACAAAGAACAAUGCCCCCAACUAAUUCUCUCGUCAAGUAACAUUCUAUUCAUGAAGUUUAAACCGAACACCGCCAGUGAGGGUAACAGCAGCGACCAACUCGCUUUGGAAGCAGCAGUUUCAACAGUGUGUGGUGGAAUGGUUGAAGCCGACGGGUCAGUGCGGUUAUUUUCCUUUUUGCCACCCAGCACAGAAAACUCGGACGACCAGCCGGAGUGUGAGUGGCUGAUCCAGUCAAAGAAUAAAUUGAAAAUAACUCUGCUGAUCAAUGCCAUCGACAGUGACGGCGUCUCCAAAUGCGGGUUGGUUCGCCAUUCAUUCGUCUAA